AUGGAGCCCUACCCUUCGGAGUACAUCGACCAUAACCUGCCACUGGUCAUAGUCUCUGGCCUCGGUGAGCAUGAAGGCUCCGCCCCUGGCACAGUACAUUCGCAGCUGGAGAACGGCGUAAAGUUCAACACACAAUCACCUGAAUGCUCCGGCGAAAGGGCCAAAUCGCUGCUCCACCAGUUCCGCCAGAUUGAUGGAAGCAGUCUGCCAUGGAACGCUUCAUCUCUUCCCGGCCCCACGGGUACAAUGAGAUACCGCAUCAGACCCAUCGAGAGGAGCUACACGUUCCCACCCAGAAAGGCCGCGCCGUUGCCGCAGUCACCCUCCACGGAAGGCUUACCACCUCAGCAUACCGCGCCAUCACGAACAGAACUGCAUUCGCCAUUAUCACCUUUGUCUCCAGGAUCACCCAUAUUUCCUGAUGGUGUCUUCACUCCUCUCUGGGUUGCAAAGCACCAAUACCAGGUCCCCUCUCUGUUCCUGGCGUGCUUCAGCAUCAAAGCCGAGUCGCCGGAUGCCGACGAGCAAAUGAAGACCGACAUAAAUGCCAUUCGGACUGCGAUCAGCCGUUCAGGCUUCAAGUCGCGCCUUGCGGUCAUUCUACUCAGCGACAAAAGUAUACUGAAUGCCCCGCAGCUGGAUGAACGACUAUCCUCAGUACGCAGGCUUACAAGUUUGGACUCGAAGACGGGCCUGUUUUUCAUGCCUCCUAUGUCUUCACAGGGCGAGAUCGCCACUUUCGUUCACAGCACCAUGACCACUCUACAACCCCUCUGCGUCGAGUACUACAGAGACCUCACGAAACAUGCUAGGAGGAAGAAGCCCAAAGCCGGCAGCUCAAGCAUGCAAGGAUCGGCAGCCUUUGGAACUGGAGCUCAGUCGCUGUCCCCUGCAGGCUGGAGCAUCCGCUAUGAAGUCAAGCAGGGUGUCUUUGCAGAGAUACGGCAAGAAAUGGACGUUGCGGAACGUCAUUACGCCACCGCCAUCGACGAAUUGUUUGGCACGGACACAAUCUUCGAGACUACCCCACCUACGUCUCCGAGGUGGAAUGAGGCCAGGCUGUUGUGUGACAGCCUGGCAUUGCGUGUUCUCCGAUGCCAGCUUUGGAGCGCACAAACGACAGCUGCGGUUCAGUCGUGGAGGAAUUACAAGCUGCGCGUGGCCGAUCUGCUGGUGCGCCGCGGUCAGGGUGUGCAGACCUACGGAUGGCACGCUUGGGACUCCAGAUGGGCAGAGAUCAUGGCAGAACUGGUCCAGCGGGCGCGGUUGCAAAGCUUACAGCUUCCAACUUCUAAAGACUUGGAAGAAUCCGCGGAGGUCAUUAGGUCGCAGACAUAUGCACCACCCGAAAAAGCAUUCGCAAGCGCAGACCGUCUACCGCCUUACUACUCGCUCCAUCACGCCGGCUACUGGCUCAGGCUAGCUAUUCGUGAAGCCCGGCUGCGGUGGAAACAGGCACUCGCCAUACCCAGCGAGGACCGUCAGUCUCCCGACCAACUACCGGCUUCUGCCAUAGCUUCAAGGAAUGCCAAGUACGAUAUGUAUCUGGUAAAAGACCCGCACAAAGAGUACGAAAGCGCCAACGCCACUGCAGCGCCACCGGAUGGAUCAAGUGGUCAUCUUGAUAAUCUCCAGCGGCUCACUGGCAUGGCUAACGAGCAGUUCUUGGAAAGAAGCCAAGCUCGCAUGAGCGACAUGAUCGAGCUGGAAGUCGCCCGUGAUCUGCUUGACGCUGGCAAACACGAGGAGGCUUUGCAGAUCCUGCUAUCCCUCUGGGAUGAGUCUGGGUGGCGGCAGGAAGACUGGCGUGAUCUUUUUGCCGACCUGUUGUGUGCUCUGCAGCAGUGUGCUCAUCAUCUGGACGACCGGGAGAUUAUCGUCACCAGUACAUACGAGCUCAUGAGCAUACCGGCGGCGGACACGAGCACCGUCAAGCUUGACUUGGAUACAUGUCUUGAAGGCGAAGACUCAGGCGACACAGCAGCUGCCGAGCCUCUGAGCCUCAAAUUCCAUGAUCAGCAGCGCUUAUCUCCCUUGUCGCUUUCAUUUGCAUUCGCGAACAGCGAGGCUCAUGUUGGAGAAGCGCUCGAAUGCCAGCUUGCUGCCAGGUCCCACGCUCACCCGGACUCUUCGCCAUUGCCGCUGUCUUCGAUCAAGUUGGAUAUUGCACCUGGCAAGGAGAUCACGAUUAAGCAUGUCGCAGAAGAUGCCGACAGCUCUGAAGACUUCGUGGAUCUAAACAGGUAUUUCGAGAGCAACAAAGACGCCAUCGAGGUCGAGGCGAAUCUGCUCGUUAACCCUGGUCAGCAUCGAACUUUCGGCUUCCAAUUGGUCUUCCGUGAGGCUGGUCCGCAUCAACUACGGCAAGCAUCGGUGAAGAUCGAAGUCUCUCAGUUCAGCAUUGAGCACUCCUUCUCUGAGUCAUUACUUCCGGCUAAUCAGCUAUUCAUGCGAGCAGCAGACGGAUCGCUGGAGAGGACAAUCGUGCCUCACGUAGACGCACUGGCGGUCACGGUUUUGCCGAAGCCGCCGAAGGUCAAGCUGCAAGUUGUGCGCAUUGCGAAGGAGUAUUACAUCGACGAGACUGUCCGAGUGGCGCUUGAGCUGAAGAAUGAAGAGGCCGAGGCGAUCGAAGGCAAGAUCUUAGCAACACUUCCAGCCGAGUCUGAGGAGACACUACCGCUGCAAUGGAAUGACGAUAAUGGUGCUGGAUCUGCGAAAGGGGACUGGAGCGAUGCGAGCGAGGCAGCAGUCACUCAUACGAUCGAUAGUAUGGCCGUUGCAGCCUCUCGCAAUAUCGUGCUGCUUGCAAAAGCACCUCCUUCUCCUCUUAGUACUGAGGUCACCGUCGAGCUUGAGUACACCCUUGCCUCUGACCACCAGACACGACUGCGGAAAAGCUUGACAGUGGACAUCAACAUCGUCCUGCCUUUCGAGGCGAAGUUCAGCUUCGGACCGCUGUUGUACCCAGAUCCAUGGCCUGGUUACUUCGACCCUGAUCUUGGGUCAGAGAAGGAAGCGAGCGGUAUCCCGCAAUCAUGGCGACUGAGCAGCCAUAUCCGGUCGCUGGCUUCCAGCAAGCUGAGCAUACGUGAGGCGAAGCCAGUGAUCGAUACAGUCUUUGGCGACUCCGCAGCAGAUGUGGUCAAUCCAAAGUCUAUCGAAACAACGCUGCUUGGGCCUGGUCAGGCAGAGCAAUUCUCCACUGAGAUCGCUACGCGGAAGCACUCGCUCGACGAUCGACGGCCAACAUCACUCGAGUCUACUCUCGUGGUCACCUGGUCUCGCGAAGGCCAUGAAGGAAACUUGGUGACAACUCACCUCCCCGUCCCACGACUAACUCUACCAGUGUCGGAACCAAGAGUGCUUUGCACUGUCAUCAACGCGGAUCCCAACGACUCAUACGAUGCAAUCCUACAAUACCAUAUCGAGAACCCAUCGACACACUUCCUCACGUUCGCAGUGACAAUGGAAGCCACGGAGGAAUUUGCGUUCAGUGGACCAAAGUACAGGACCUUGAGUCUUGCGCCGUUGAGCCGGUACAAGGUCGUUUAUCGAAUCGCUUUGCAAGAACAAGAGGACAGUCGGCCCUCAUCGGCGGACACAGAUGGAGAAGGCCGCUGGAUCUUGCCUGCUUUGGAGGUCAUCGAUUCUUACUACCAGAAGACGUUGCGGAUACAUCCUGGCGGGCCUGGCGUAAGGCUGGACGAGAAGCAGAAUAUUGAGGUCUGGGUCAGAAUUUCUUGA